CUUUACCCCUUUAGAGGUGAAGGUGCAACAGUUAUCGGUCGUCCCGAAGCCGGGUUCAUCCGACACCCUCACCAACGAAGCUGAACUGAGCUCAACCUCCACUACAGCAACAUGCCGCCCAAAUUCGACCCCAACGAAAUCAAAAUCGGUAUGUUUUCUGGGUAAUAAACGCUGACGUGGUUCUCACAGCAGAGAUGGAGCCGCUGUUAGCCGGCUACCCGGUGGCCCGCGGGCCGAGCGCUGAAAACGUCUACAUGAGGUGCACAGGAGGGGAAGUCGGCGCCACCUCUGCUCUGGCUCCUAAAAUCGGACCUUUGGGUCUGUCUCCAAAGAAAGUUGGUGACGACAUCGCCAAGGCAACCGGAGACUGGAAGGGCCUGAGGAUCACUGUGAAGCUGACCAUCCAGAACCGGCAGGCCGCUAUCGAGGUGGUUCCCUCGGCUUCCGCUCUGAUCAUCAAAGCGCUGAAGGAGCCGCCUCGUGACAGGAAGAAGGUCAAGAACAUCAAACACAGCGGCAGCGUCACGUUCGAUGAGAUCGUUGGCAUCGCCCGGGUCAUGAGGCCGCGCUCCAUCGCCAGAGAGCUCUCAGGAACCAUCAAGGAGAUCCUGGGCACGGCUCAAUCAGUCGGCUGCACCAUCGACGGCCACGCCCCUCAUGAUGUCAUCGAUGACAUCAACAGUGGGAAAAUGGAAUGUCCGUCAGAGUAAAGAUGGCGGUUCUGGAAUAAAAUGUGUUGAAACCGA